GGCAUUACAUAGGUUUACAUUUUUAUUAAUGGGUGUAAGCCUAAUUUCAAGUGCAUCUUUGUAAAUGACAAAAAUCCACUUGAACCUCUAUUGAGAAGCAAACAAGCAUGAAAUGUCAAAUAUUUCUGAAUGGAUUUUGGUGUGAAAGUCAUGUAUAAAAGUUCCAUCUAGCUGUUGCACUUGCGCGGAUCGUUACCUUUAAGAUGCUCGGAGAUAAUGCCUUGUUUUGGCUAACCCCAGCACAAUUUUAGCUAAGAGUUUGGCGCGUCCAGUGCACACGGUCCGGACGAACGACCCUGUGUUUUUUUUUUUACAGCUACCGGGGGAUUUUUCUUCACAGCAAAGUAGAGGAUUUAACGGCUGAAUCCAUUACAUAAAUGUCGGGUUUCAUUAUUUGUCGGCCUACCGACAAGCGGCGGCGGGGGCGAGAAGGACGGGACGGGACGAGGGGACAGGAGGAGACUUGGUCCGCUAGGAGAGGAGGGUGCAUAACGUUACUCUUAAUACUUUCCCUUUAACGCAGAGAGGGACAGAGGGGGUGAAGAAGAGAUAAAAAAAGAAAAGGAAGAAAGUCAGAAAGGGAGGGAGGGAGGGAGCGAGAUGGAGUGAGUUUGAAAAAAGAGAAAGAUGUCAUCCUGUCGAUUGAAACGCCGAGGCGGAGCCAUGGACCGCGGCCGACCAGGAGCUCUGUAGUUAGGAGACGAGCUGUACGCAACACCGAGGCUUGGGACCCGACGCCGAGGCCUUUUCGGAGCUAUCGCAAAAUAAAUGACUUCUGAUCAGCUGCUGACUAUGAUUAGCACGUUUCGACUACUCAUCCAUCUUCUGUAUAAAAAUAAUCUAUAUUUUGCAUGCAAUUCACCAGAUUUGAUUACAGUAGACAUAAGCAAGUUAUAUUAAAAUGCACCAUUAAAGCAAGCAUACCAACCAUUUUGUCGCAUUUACAAAAGCAUCUCGUCAGUGCCUGGAUAUUGCCAACAGAUAUUACUUCAUAACUCAUAGCAGCCUAAUCACUAUUAACGCUGUGUUGAUUUGAGCUAAAUGUCGUCCGGUGUCAUUAUAUAUCUCCACGAAUUAACCCGGGCUAGUGGGAAAGAGCUGCCACACAGGCCUCAGGUUUUGUUUUCAUAGCAGCAGUUGGAGCAUUUCUUCCUCGGCUCCGUUGCCCUCCUCCCUCCCUGUUUUAGUCCCAGUUUUUAGUCCGUCAGAAUGGAUACCUCCUGGAGUAAUUUCCUUUUUCAGACAGCACCAACUCAAAGCCAGCCUGAGACGCCUCUGCAGUCUGAGCUGCUGCCUGAGCUGACAGGAACCGCCCAGAGUCCUCAAGCAGAGCACAUCGUGACACCGCCAUCCACCGUCGACACUGCCGCCCUGAGUGAGGAGCCGCUACCUGUCAAACCGCUCGCCAAACCGAGCCGGCCAGCCCACAUCUGUGCCACCUGCAACAAGGAGUUCAAGAACAGCUACAACCUGCGGCGGCACCAGUCCGUGCACACGGGCAUCAAGAUGAAGGCCGGAGCCAGCCGGGAAAAGGAGGAUGGAGGCAAGGGAGGACGAGUGGAGAAGCAGACAGUCCCUCUCUCCCUCCUCCACCUCACCCUGCCCCCACAGCCUCCUCCUCUUCCUCUCCCCACUGUCGCUCCGGAGACCCUCCCCCAGCCCGGUCAGCACGCCAACCAGGAGAGCCAGCCGGUCUCUGUGUCCAUUGCCCCGGCAACUGUAACCAUGGCUGCACCACCUCAACCCAUCCAAGCAGCUGUUGUUGUUGUUGGGUCCUUGGAGCAGAAUCCAAAUCCCAAUCCCAAUACGAACCAGGUGAGGAAGAAUCACGCCUGUGAAGCCUGUGGAAAGGCCUUCAGAGACGUCUACCACCUGAACCGCCACCGGCUGUCCCACUCUGAUGAGAAGCCCUACUCCUGCCCCAUCUGCCAGCAGCGCUUCAAGAGGAAAGAUAGGAUGAGUUAUCAUGUGCGAUCACACCAGGGCGGCGUGGAGAAGCCUUACAUCUGUCCUCACUGUGCUAAGGCCUUCUCCAGACCGGACCACCUCAACAGCCACGUUCGGCAGGUGCACUCCACAGAGAGGCCUUUCAAGUGCACGACGUGCACAUCAGCGUUUGCCACGCGGGAUCGUCUCCGUGCCCAUCUGAUCCGUCAUGAAGAGAAGGUGCCAUGUCACAUCUGUGGGAAGCUGCUGUCUGCUGCUUACAUCACUGACCACAUGAGGGUCCACAACCAGUCGCAGCACCACGCCUGCCACCUCUGCAACCGCAGCUUCACCACCCUCACCUACCUGCGUGUCCACGCUCAGAAGCACCACGGCCAAGAAUGGAAGGAGAGUGGUGGGGCGCUGGGAUCUUUUGGAGGGACAGGGGCUGGCGGGGUGCUGCUUUGCCAGUUGUGCGGGGUGCAGUGUAAGACAGCCACUCAGCUCCAGGGUCACAUGGGCACCCACGCCAGCCAGGGGGACCCCAGCCCUGACCCGACGAGCGCUGGCCCUGUGGGCACCACCAGUGUGGCUGUCACUGUGUCCAGUGCUAGCACAGUGGGACUGCUGGUAACUGACUGCUCCAGUAUCGCCCCACAGCCCCACAGCUAGCAUGUUCGGAAGGCAUGGGGGCAGCUGGGGGUGGGAUAGGUGGGGAUGGAGGCAUUGGGGGGAUCGGGCAAACGGGGUCAAAGGUAAACAAGGACACAUGGAGGAGAGGACUGGAAAGACAGCAGCUAAACCAGAUUAUUUCAUAACAGACUGCCACAGGUGGACACAGACAAGGACACCGUGCUGUGGACAUCAUCUUUCCUCCUCUGUGUCCUUCAUGGUUACACGAGGACAGCAUCUUUUUCAGAUAUUUGUUUUUGUAUGAUGCCCAGCUCCAUCGGCUGUGUUAAACAGCUGACCUGCCUCCAAUGCUGAGAGAUACGCACUUACUGUUCAUGUUACAUACUGUACAUAGAGACGGGUUGAAGACACAGUGGAUCAGACAUUAAGGAAAACUCUUCAUUCAUUAAGGAGGAAAAUUAAUGUGAAUUUUUCUUCAUAUGGCUUUGUAAUUAGCUGUUUCUAUUUGCCAUCAUUUUAUUUUUAGUUUUGAACAGACUUGCACAGCCAAUCAUCAUUUUUAAAGCCUUUACUGUUUUUACAUCAUGCAUAUCACAGGAUAUCAGUGUUUGUUUGUGAUGAGGAAGCUGGCAUAAAGACUUCAAUAACAUGACUUAGUUCAGUUUAUCCCCCAGUUUAUUACUAAACUUCCAGUCUCCAGUUUGCCUUUGUCAGAGCCUUCAGAGCAGGGACAAAUCCUUGAGCAGGGGAACCUCCAAACUGGACAUGAGAACAACACUUUCAGAUGGGCCAUCAUGUAUAUACACUCUUCUAGAGCUGAUAAAGGCAAACUAAUAGUUUGUGUAUAUUCCCCAUUAACACUGAAUGUGCUUAACUUCUCUGCUUCAUAUGAUCUUUGUUCUUUCUCUGGAUGCUGAUUUGUAAUUCUUGAAAAUAUCCAUGUAAUUUGUAGUUACCUUGGUGACACAUUUUCUGUGGCUGUGCCUAUUGAUUGUACUUGAUGCAUAGUGCAUAAUGCUUCGUUAAUAUUGUAUUAAAAGGCAGUAAAAUGCAUGUCUAUA